ACCUCCAUCCCCCGAAAAUCAAUACUGAGCUUAUGUGCGAGACUGUUGUGAGCAAGCCGCCACAGGAAGUGCUUCAGUUUCGGUGGACAUCUGCUUGCCCAUAUAUCACCCCAUCUGAACUUCGUCGAGCCGCCGGGACCAUCGGCAGUGCGACGACCGACCGUCGCCGACCACCGCCCAAUCAUACACAAAAUAAACAAAGACCACUUUACUAGUACUCAGUACUCAUACACAAAGAGGUCGACUUCGCUUUGGUCUCCAUCGAUCUUUCUCAGUAGCAGCGCAAUGGCCACCCACGCUCUCGUCGCCGUCGCCGUGCUCCUCGUCGUCUGUGCUCCUCCGGGAGCGCUCGCGCAGACGGUGCAGGUAUGGUCCUUGUGCUCGCCGGCGAACUACACCGCGGGGAGCCCCUACGGGGCCAGGGUCCGCGGCGUGCUCAGGGACGUGGUGGCCGCCGCCGGCCGCUCCCGCUAUGGCUACGCCACCGUGGUCCGCAGCCCGCGGGAGGAGGAGGAACCACCGGACGGGCUGGCCUUGUGCUACGCGAACGCGGGCCCGCCGGUGGUGUGCAGGCUGUGCCUGCGCAUGGCAGCCGGGAACUUGACGCUGGCCUGCCCGCACGCCGCGUCCGCGGCCAUAUUGUACAACAACUGCCUGCUCCAGUACACGGACUCGGCGGGAGGCGAGAGGCAGCUCGCGCGGUGGGAGGCGGACACGGUGCAGAGGUUCUCCUUCUACAACAACAACAUGAACAGCGCCGGCGAGACCGACAGGUACGGCCCCGCGCUCAAUCGGCUCAUGCAGCGCCUCGCUCCCGCCGAGGCCGGAGCGAACGGCCAGCCGCGUCCCCAAGCCACAUUCGGGCAGACCAACAUCACGGCCAACGAGAGCCUGUACGGGUUCGCGCAGUGCGUGGCAGUCCUGUCCCCCGACGACUGCCGCCUCUGCCUUCAGAGAAUCGCCGCAUCGUUGCCCGUGACGAAAGGAGGACGGGCCUACUCGCUGACAUGCUACACGAGGUUCGAGGUGGUGCCCUUCUACAUGCCGCCCAACACAACCAGGAUCAUUGUGGCGCCGACGCCGGCGCCGUCGUCCUCCUCGACGUCGUCGUCGCAACCUGCAGCGGAUUCCUCCUCCUCGUCCUCAAGAGGUGACUUGGAGGAUAUCUGGAGGAAGGAAGAAAUCAAGGCCAGACAGAGGUCCAGAGACAGGUACAUACUUGAAGGGGACCUGAAUGCUGGAUACUUCAAAGCCAUAGCAAAUCAAAAGAGAAGGAGGAAGCAAAUUCUGAUGCUGGAAGGAGAUUCAGGUGUUGUGGAGGAAGAUAGCUGCUACCUUGGACAGCUGGCAGUCUGUUGCUCAGACCCUGUCAAAGGAAUAGUGCUGCAAAUGGUGCGGAAACUGGAGUAGAUAGCAAGAUCCCCGCCCCUCCUACUAUGGACGGAUCCUGGCUAGGGCUGAAGAAGUGCUCAAGAGGAGCUAUGAGAGAGUGAUGAUUCAUAUGAUUGUUGUAGCUCCCCUUGUUUAAUUUCGCUACAUUUUACAUUCUCUAAGUAGUGACAGAGGCCUGUUGGCUUGUUCUGUUUACUUUUGCUGGGGCAGCGCGUGUGCUGUUUUCCCCCGCGUGCUUGUAAUCGUACUGAACCUUGCUUGGUUUCUCUUGGCAAUCCAAUUGGAACUGGGGCCUUGAGCCCUUUUCCUCUAAAAAAAUAUAUGUUCA